GCCAAUGUAGAAUUUGGAUUUACAUUAGGGAGGAAAGUUCUGAUUCCGUGCUUUUUACAAAGUCGAUGAAAUAUGCCAGAAUUUUCUCAAAAAAGAGUGACAUUGCUUGCCAAAGGAUGUACGGUUCACGUAGGAAAGGUCAUAUCUGUCCCUAGAACUCUCAGUGAAUUACUCCUUGUUGCAAAACGAAAGCUUGGGCUCCCUGUGGCAACUAAAGUUUACACUGCCAAAGGAGGUCUGAUUGAUGAUGUUAAUUUAAUUAGAGAUGACGAAGUGCUUUACAUUUCAUCCGAGGAUCUAGAACCAAAUUCUCUUGCAAUUGGGGAGAAAUCCUUUACAGACUGGGUGACACUCAAUGUGGGAGGCAGAGUAUUCACAACAACUAGGGCAACACUGAUGAAUGAACCUAAUAGUAUGUUAGCAAGAAUGUUCUCCCCAGCAGAGGCUUGGAGUAAUGUUUCAGAUGCCUCAGGAGCUGUCCUCAUUGACAGAAGUCCAGUGUACUUUGAGCCAAUCAUAAAUUAUUUACGACAUGGGCAGCUCAUACUAGACAAGGAAGUCAAUCCUCAAGGUGUCCUAGAGGAGGCAAAGUUUUUUGGAAUCUCAGGCAUCUUAGAACAAUUAGAAGAGUUGGUAAAGGCUAUGGAAAAAGUUGAAGAUGCUCCCCUUUCUAGGAGCGAAUUUGUUAAAAUUCUUUUGUCAACACCGUCAAACUGCGAGCUUCGCUGUCAGGGAAUCAAUUUAGACUCGGCAGAUCUCUCGAAGCUUGACCUGCGCUUUAUAAACUUUAAAAUGGCAAAUCUUAGAAAAACAGACUUGGGGAAUGCCAAUCUAUCCAAUUGUUGUUUGGAGAGAGCGAAUCUAUCUGGAGCACACAUGGAUGGAGCUAUUUUAAGCUGCACUCGUCUUCAAAGGGCCCAUAUGGAAGGGGCCUCCCUCAGAGGGUGUAAUUUUGAAGACCCUGCAGGAACAAGGGCUAAUCUAGAAGGUGUGAACUUAAAAAAUUCUGAUCUAGAAGGAAGUCAGUUAGGGAAUGUUAACCUUCGUGUUGCUACUUUAAAAGGCGCAAACCUUCAAAAUUGUAUAUUGCGAGGAGCUGUACUGGCUGGAGCUGAUCUAGAGAACUGUAAUUUAACCGGCUGCGAUCUACAAGAUGCUAAUCUCCGAGGGGCCAAUAUCACCGGUGCUACGAUUAAAGAAAUUACAGGACCACUUCACAUGACAGCUUUCGUUAGAAACCAGCUACCAGGCUCUGCGCUGUCUGUACCCCCAACGCCAGAUUCCUGAAAGAGAGAUUGCGUAACGACGGACAGCAAACGCGAUGUCGUGGAAUAUAACUUCGUAAGAUUGCUUUGGCGUAAAAUGGUAAAAGAGGGAUUAUAACAUAGCACGCGUGCUUGCCCCAUCUCGGUCCUAUUGAGCCGCUAUGAACAAAAUCUUUAUUUACGCACGCCCGUACGUAACUUAGAGGACGUUAUAAUUUUUUUUUACCUGGCUGCAGAGUUGCCGUCCUCUUAAGGAUACGGUAGACCUUCACGGGUGUCCUUAACAAACAAAUUGUUACCACGCUAUUUAAAACGUUACCACCAUAAACUAUAUAUCAAUGGAAAGGUUAUCAAUUGCACUUUCCAGCAACAAUUCUUUCAUUUUAGCUUGAUCUAAUCGUAAGCCGACAGAGGCGCGACAAGCGGAAACGGAAGACGUUUCUUUGAGCUAAUUAAUCGGGUAUCAAAUCUACCCGCACAAGUAAAACUUCUGCACAGUUUCAAUCGUAAGGGGUUGGUCUCCAAAACCACGUGGGGCUUUUUCGAUGUUCCUAUUGGUUGCUUUGCAAUCUUUCUGUCAAGUUUGGUUAUCAAAAUUUUACCGAUACGCGUUACUUCGGAGACCGUUGCGGGAUAUCAACAGGGCCGUAGCUAGCAUGAGGCAAGACGAGGCAAUUGCCUCGUCUUGAUUUUGGCCUUUUUUUUAAUUUUUUUC